UCGUCCCAUCGCCCACCACCUCCCUCUCUCCUCGCCCCAGACGCAUCAAAUAGCUCUCCUUCUGUCCCUAUCUCCUCUCGCAUUCCCAAAGAAGCCCCACAAGGAAGGGAGCAAACGCGCCGCGCACCGGAAGAUCCCAGAGAGCGGCACGAGGGGGCCCCCAUUGCGGCAUGGCUGCUGCGGCCGCCGCCGCCGGCGCCGGGCUCCAGCUCAUUGGAGCUGCCGCGGCCACGCUCCUAGCGGCGGUCCUUGUUGCCGCCGUGCUGGGCCGCCGCCGCGGGUCCGGGCCCCGGUCGCCGCUGGUGGAAGAGAAAGCCGCGGCGGAGGCUGCCUGUGCGACCGGUGACGGCGCAGGCGCCGCCGGCGACGGCGGGUCGGACGUCAUCAUCGUCGGAGCCGGGGUAGCUGGAUCUGCGCUGGCAUACACGCUCGGAAAGGAUGGCCGUCGGGUGCAUGUUAUUGAGAGAGAUCUGACAGAACCUGACAGAAUUGUGGGUGAAUUGUUGCAACCUGGGGGUUACUUGAAAUUAAUCGAGUUAGGCCUCGAAGAUUGUGUGGAAGAAAUUGAUGCCCAGCGUGUCCUUGGUUAUGCUUUAUUCAAAGAUGGGAGGAACACAAAGCUUGCUUAUCCCUUGGAGAAGUUCCAUUCUGAUGUUGCUGGUAGAAGCUUUCACAAUGGAAGGUUUAUACAGAGGAUGCGUCAGAAAGCUGCAUCUUUGCCCAAUGUCCAAUUAGAGCAAGGAACUGUUACAUCCCUUCUUGAAGAAAAUGGUACAGUUAAGGGUGUUCAAUACAAAACCAAGUCAGGUCAAGAACUAAAGGCUUAUGCACCCUUGACAAUUGUAUGUGAUGGCUGCUUUUCAAAUCUACGGCGUGCCCUCUGCUCUCCAAAGGUUGAUGUUCCGUCUUGCUUUGUUGGGUUGGUCUUGGAGAAUUGCCAGCUUCCCCACCCAAAUCAUGGGCAUGUUAUCUUGGCCAAUCCUUCGCCCAUCCUAUUUUACCCAAUAAGCAGCACCGAGGUGCGUUGUUUGGUUGAUGUUCCUGGUCAGAAGGUGCCUUCCAUAGCAAGUGGUGAAAUGGCAAAUUAUCUCAAAACUGUUGUUGCACCCCAGAUUCCUCCAGAAAUCUAUGAAUCUUUUAUAGCAGCCAUUGACAAGGGAAGCAUAAGAACAAUGCCAAAUAGGAGCAUGCCAGCUGCCCCACAUCCAACCCCUGGUGCACUUUUGAUGGGGGAUGCCUUCAAUAUGAGACAUCCUUUAACUGGUGGAGGAAUGACUGUUGCAUUAUCUGACAUUGUUGUCCUACGCAAUCUUCUCAAGCCUCUUCGCAAUCUGCAUGAUGCAUCUUCCUUGUGCAAAUACCUUGAAUCAUUCUAUACAUUGCGGAAGCCGGUUGCUUCCACGAUAAACACAUUGGCUGGUGCUUUAUAUAAGGUCUUCAGUGCCUCGCCAGAUCAAGCUAGGAAUGAGAUGCGCCAAGCUUGCUUUGAUUACUUGAGCCUUGGAGGUGUCUUCUCAAAUGGGCCUAUUGCCCUACUUUCUGGUCUUAAUCCUCGGCCAUUGAGUUUAGUUGCACACUUCUUUGCUGUUGCUAUCUAUGGUGUUGGUCGCCUGAUGCUCCCUCUUCCUUCACCUAAACGAAUGUGGAUUGGAGCCAGACUGAUUUCUGGUGCAUGUGGCAUCAUCCUCCCUAUCAUCAAAGCUGAAGGCGUGAGACAAAUGUUCUUCCCUGCUACGGUGCCUGCAUACUACCGGGCUGCUCCUACCGUAGAGUAAGCAGGAACUAGGAACCGACUUUGUGCUGCUGAUGUGAUCUUGAUCUGAUGGCAACUGUUGUUUCACGGAUGCCAUUUUUUUCUGUGUUAGUGGUCGUUCAUCGUCUUUGGUAGCCGGUUGUUGAAUGAGAAGAACCUGUAUAGUGUCUGCCCUGGGUGCUGAUUCGAGCUGGUAAUGUGUUGGGUUUGUUCUGUACGCAUGUCGAUUCCUGCCAAGUUGUAUAUGAUUCUGUUGAACUAGUGAAGUGAAUACGUCGUCGUCUUUCACGCUGAUCAAA